AUGAUUAUUUUAAAUAAGAUAAUUAAAAUGAUGCAUUAUAGAUCCUUAUUCAGAUUUUCCCAUUAUCCUGUUCUUCAAUCCUUAUGUGAUAGAGCCGAUCCUAAUUUACAAGCUAAUUUUGAAUUGAUGAAAUAAAGCAAUGAAAGAUUUCUUAAUAUAACAAACAAAGUAAUCAAUUAUGGUGGGACAGUGGCUCAUCAAAAAUUGGCAGAAAGAAACAAAGUAGAUAUUCUUAUUGAUUUUUAGUUUCCUGUUAGAGAAAGAAUCACUAGAUUAUUGGAUGUAGGAUCACCAUUCUUGGAAUUAUCUUAAUUAGCAGGAUAUGAAUUAUAUGAUAAAGAAGAAGUACCAAGUGGAGGUUAAGUAUAUUACAAUUUUAGGUAUCGUAACUGGCAUAGGAUUAAUAAAUAAGAGAUUCUGUAUGAUUGUGGCUAAUGAUCCUACAAUAAAGGGAGGCACAUAUUAUCCAAUUACAGUAAAGAAGCACGUUAGAGCAUAAGAGAUAGCUUGGGAAAAUAAAUUACCAUGUGUCUAUUUAGUAGAUUCUGGUGGUGCAAAGUAAAUAUAUAUUUAAAGACAAAGUCUAAUGAGAUAAGAUGAAGUAUUCCCAGACAGAGAUCAUUUUGGGAGAAUCUUUUAUAAUCAGGCCAAUAUGUCUGCUCAAGGCAUCCCUUAAAUUAGUAUAGUACUUGGAUCAUGUACAGCAGGAGGUGCUUAGUAAUAUCAUGCAUUUAAAUUUUUUAGUGUUCCUGCUAUGAGUGAUGAGAACGUUAUUGUAAGUGGAAAUGGAACAAUCUUUCUAGGAGGACCUCCUUUAGUAAAAGCAGCCACUGGAGAAGUAGUAACUGCAGAAGAUUUAGGAGGAGCAAGAGUACAUUGUUUCACUAGUGGAUUGACUGAUCACUUUUGCACUUCUGAAUUAGAAGCUUUAUAAAAAGGAAGAUCUAUUAUUAGGAAUUUAACAACUAAAUAAGUAGGUGAUAUUAGAGAUGAUUAACCAAUCUAUGAUAUAGAAGAUUUAAAUUAUUUGAUGAGUAGUGAUCUCAAAAAGUCAAUGGACAGUCGACAUCUUAUUGCACGUAUUUUAGAUGGAUCUAGAUUUAUGGAAUUUAAGGAAAAUUAUGGUACUACACUUAUUACAGGAUUUGGUGAAUUGUAUGGUUAAGAAGUAGGAAUUAUUGCAAAUAAUGGAAUCUUGUUCAGUGAAUCAGCCUUAAAAGGAGCACACUUUGUUAGUUUAUGUUAAUAAAGAGGAGUUCCUUUGAUUUUCUUAUAAAAUAUUACAGGAUUUAUGGUUGGUAGAAAAUAUGAGACAGAAGGCAUAGCUAAACAUGGAGCUAAAAUGGUUAAUGCUGUAGCUACUGCAACUGUUCCUAAAUUGACUUUACUUUUUGGUGGAAGUUUUGGAGCUGGUAACUAUGGUAUGUGUGGAAGAGCUUAUGGAGCUAAAUUCUUAUUUUCAUGGCCAAGUAGUAGAAUCUCUGUAAUGGGAGGUGAUUAAGUAUCAUAAUUUUAUUUAUUCAUUUUAGGCAGCUGGAGUUUUAACAUCUGUUUAAUAAUAAACUAUUGUGAGAAAUGGUGGAGAGUGGAAUGAAAAAGUUGAAAAAGAUUUAAAAUAAAAAUAUUCUUAAAAAUAUGACAAUGAAUCUAGUGCUUAUUAUGCAACAGCUCGAUUAUGGGAUGAUGGAAUCAUUUUACCAACUUAGACUAGAUAAACUUUAGGAUUGGCACUUUUAACUAGUAUGUAACAUUAUAAGUACGAAAGAACAGGUCAUGGGGUUUUUAGAAUGUGAUU